UCAUUAGAGAGUGAAACUUCUAGUCAGCCACAAGCAAGGUGGACUCAGGGCGGACUAAGUGGAUACAGAUCGAUAUUUUUCUGCACAGGAAAAGAUUGUAAAAUAUUUCAAACUCAUUGUAAUUUGUUGUUUUAUUAGUUACAAAGAUGUGUUAGUUUAAACAGUAUAUCAUGUCGGAUCCAAAGACAAAAUCAGCCUAAGGAAAUUACACAUUAACUCAAGAUUAGCUAACAGCAACUAUAGAACAUGGAAUCGCUAAUACCAAUCGUUAAUAAACUGCAGGAUGCGUUCACCCAAAUGGGUGUUCACAUGCAAUUGGAUUUACCACAAAUAGCAGUGGUAGGUGGCCAAUCUGCAGGCAAAUCAUCUGUUCUAGAAAAUUUCGUUGGCAAGGAUUUUCUUCCUCGAGGAUCUGGCAUUGUAACUAGACGGCCCCUGAUAUUACAGCUUAUAAAUGGAACGGUUGAGUAUGGCGAGUUUCUACAUCAAAAAGGCAAAAAGUUUACAAAUUUCGACGAAAUACGGCAAGAAAUUGAGGCGGAAACGGAUCGUAUUACAGGAAGUAAUAAAGGCAUUUCAAACAUUCCAAUCAAUCUACGAGUUUAUUCACCACAUGUGCUGAAUCUGACUCUAAUUGAUUUGCCUGGUUUAACUAAAGUGCCCAUCGGAGAUCAACCGGCUGACAUAGAGAAUCAAAUAAAAGGAAUGAUAUUUCAGUUCAUUCGUAAAGAAACAUGUCUGAUUCUGGCCGUGACCCCUGCUAAUACAGAUUUGGCUAACUCCGACGCACUCAAACUAGCAAAAGAGGUGGACCCGCAAGGUGAGCGAACUAUAGGAGUGAUAACGAAGUUAGAUUUAAUGGACGAAGGUACAGACGCGCGUGACAUCUUAGAAAAUAAACUACUGCCUUUGCGUCGGGGAUACAUUGGCGUUGUUAAUCGUUCCCAAAGGGAUAUUGAGGGGCGUAAAGAUAUAACUGCUGCUCUGGCAGCGGAGCGAAAGUUUUUUCUCAGCCAUCCUAGUUACAGUCACAUCGCUGAGCGAUUGGGAACUCCGUACUUACAAAAAAUAUUGAACCAACAGCUGACUAACCAUAUAAGGGAUACUCUUCCUGGUUUACGGGAUCGUUUGCAAAAACAGCUUUUAACGUUAGAAAAAGAUGUAGAGCAAUUUAAACACUUUCGGCCAGACGAUCCUAGCAUAAAGACCAAGGCGAUGUUGCAAAUGAUCCAGCAACUACAAUCUGAUUUUGAACGAACAAUUGAAGGGUCAGGUUCGGCAUUAGUUAAUACCAACGAAUUGUCGGGUGGUGCCAAGAUAAAUCGGAUAUUUCAUGAAAGAUUACGUUUUGAAAUUGUUAAAAUGUCAUGUGAUGAAAAAGAAUUGCGCAGAGAAAUAUCAUUUGCAAUUCGGAAUAUUCAUGGAAUUCGAGUUGGUCUAUUUACUCCUGAUAUGGCUUUUGAAGCAAUAGUUAAAAAACAGAUCUCGCAACUAAAAGAGCCGAUUUUAAAAUGUAUUGAUUUAGCAGUACAAGAAUUAUCAAAUGUCGUCAGAACAUGCACUGACAAGAUGUCCCGUUAUCCUCGUCUCCGAGACGAAACUGAACGUAUCAUUACCACCCACAUAAGGCAGUGCGAGCAACGAGCAAAAGAACAACUAUUGCUGUUGAUAGAUUAUGAGCUUGCUUAUAUGAACACAAACCAUGAAGAUUUUAUUGGAUUUGCAAACGCUCAGAAUAAAACGGAAAGUGCAGCAAAAACCGGUUCGCGAAGUCUUGGUAAUCAAGUGAUACGAAAAGGCCACAUAUGUAUCCAAAACCUUGGCAUAAUGAAAGGUGGCUCCCGGCCAUAUUGGUUUGUCCUGACUUCUGAAAGUAUUUCUUGGUAUAAAGACGAAGAUGAAAAGGAAAAGAAAUAUAUGCUCCCUCUUGACGGACUGAAAUUAAGAGACAUUGAGCAAGGAUUCAUGUCAAGACGUCAUACAUUUGCUCUUUUCAACCCCGAUGGACGUAAUGUUUAUAAAGACUAUAAACAAUUGGAACUAUCGUCUGAAAGUACAGAUGAUGUUGACUCAUGGAAGGCUUCAUUUCUGCGGGCAGGUGUCUAUCCAGAGAAAGAGAAUCCAACAAAUGGUGAAGAAGGCGAAGACGAUUCGAAUGACGUUGGUCAAACCAGCUCACUGGAUCCACAACUAGAGAGACAGGUUGAGACAAUACGAAAUUUAGUUGAUUCAUAUAUGAAAAUCGUCACAAAGACGACUCAUGAUAUGGUUCCAAAAGCUAUUAUGAUGCUAAUCAUCAACAAUUCGAAAGACUUCAUAAAUGGUGAAUUGCUUGCUCAUCUUUACGCAUCCGGUGAUCAAGCUUCAAUGAUGGAAGAGAGUCCUGAAGAGGCUCAGAAGCGAGUAGAAAUGCUGAGAAUGUACCAAGCUUGUAAGGAAGCCUUGAGAAUUAUAGGUGAUGUAUCAAUGGCAACAUUCUCGACUCCCGUUCCACCGCCUGUUAAAAAUGAUUGGUUAUCCAGUGGCUUGGACAACCCUCGGCUAUCACCUCCAAGCCCAGGAGGUCCCCGUAAAAAUGCACCCCAACAACAGGGUUCUUUCGGCUCAAUUGGAGGUCCAACCAAUACACGAGGUCCUCCACCGGCGCCAUCAAGUGCUAGGCCAGCACCAGCUGUUCCAAAUAGGCCCGGUGGUGGCGGUGCUCCCCCUUUACCACAGGGAAGGCCAGGUGGACAGGUUCUCCCAGCACCACUUAUCCCAUCGCGUCGCUAAACAAACGAUAGCGAUUUUAGAGCUAAGGCAAAUGUGUUAUUGAUAGUAUUAAUUAAAAUCUGACCUUGAUACUCUCCAUGUUUCCAAUUAGGUACCAACAUGUUCGUGGAUUACUAGAAAAGGCAGCUAGCUGCUUGUAAAAAUUCGUUCAUCGUAGUUGCUGAUAUUGUUGUAUAACGUACAGUAAAUAUGAUUGUAUAAUAUCUAAAUCAUAAGUAUAAUGUACGUAUCAUUGAAGUUUGAAUUAUAAAAAUAAAUAUAUGACUGUUUUCAGACUUGAUUUGUAGUAAAAAUACUCCAAUGUAUAACAAAAUUGUCGCAAGUAGCGACCUAAUACAAUUCGAGACUGCUCAGUAUCCUAUCGUUUAAUGGAAAAUGUAUCAAUUUUGACUAAUGGCUACGGUACCAUUCAUGAUUGAGUUCAUCGGUUCCAAAGAUUCUCACCAAGACGACUAUUAUCAUUUUCAAAAAGAUCUACGAAAAAACAUGGAGUAAAAAAGCAUCUUACGAAAAUCUUAGAGUUUAUGUGAGCGUGUAUCUAAAGUUACUACGAACAAUGAAUUAUAUUUACUCGCCAAUGGUGCUCUCACAGAUAUCAUUUAAACGAGAUGUAAUGUUAAAUCUAAUAGUUCUGGAAAUGUUGAAAAUCAAUCAUGUUAAUUUACUAAGUAGGGCAUGUUUAGAUUUAUUUAUUUUUAAUAAUCCUUCAUCAAACUUUUAAGUCUUAACCUUCCGAUAGUCGAGCUUGUGCACUAAGUGCGUCAUGCCCAGCAACUUUGGUGAAAUCGUCUUUAAUAUCAGCAGAUGCUCGCUUGAGGAUCCAUCAGCGGGACUUUCGGGGGGUUAUGAAACCUGAUGAAGAAAAAGCUCUCUAGAGUUGCCUGUAUUGAAUGUGUAAAGCUUACCCAAAGGAGGCGUUAAAACUCCAUAUCUUUACCACUACAUUACAAUAUAAGGUAUAAUAAGCAAAUUAUGAACCAAAUCAAAGAAAUUAAAAAUAAAGGAUGUAAACCUGUUUAAAUCCACCUAAUGGUGCAA